AUGAUUCAUAAAACUGUUACAGUUGCCGAAAGACAAAAUUUCCCAACAAUACUGCCAACAGUAUUCCCCAUAAUUAUUGGAAUUAAAUCAAGAUUAUGCAAACAUACUCCUCUAAUUCCUUUCCGACAAAUUAUUAUUUUAAGGGAGGGAGAAGUAGAACCGAUGAAAGAACUAAUACAAUUUAAUAAUUUCAAAAAAGAACUUGAUGGUGAAUAUAGUCUUCUAAGUAAAUAUACUCCUUUUUUACGUUCUUCCAAACCCCCUUCCGAAAACCCUCCUGAUAUCCCUCUUGAAAUCUUUCCAAAUAUGCAAUUUUGA